GAAAAAAUCUCCUGCUGCUUCUGCAAUCUGAAGGUUCAUUCGUCGAGCUUGGUACAUUUUUAUAAAAGGUUAUUCAGUUCCUUUUGUUACCACUUCCCUAUACACCAUAAGCACACACCGUGGAGUCGAAGGUUGAAGCUAGAAGACAUGAGUUGGUCACCACAGUAUAACAGAUUGGGACCUCCAAAGGCACCUAAGCGCCGGUACCCUAACCCAAUCCUUACACAAUUGGAGUGUGAGCACCAUGAGGUUGCGAUUCGGGACUAUACACAGGAGAUCAACCACCAUCUGAGCGACUUGGAGCGCUCGUCAAUCGUGUCGAUGGAGAUGAUCGACCUCCAGCCAGAGAUCAAGUGGUACAUGCGCCCAUACCUCCUGGACUUCCUGUUGGAAAUCCAUCAGACGUUUAAACUGGAGCCGCAGACGUAUUUCCUGGCGGUCAAUAUCGUCGACAAGUACUGCUCGAAGAGGGUUGUCUUCAAAAGACACUACCAAUUGGUUGGUUGUACGGCACUCUGGCUAGCUGCCAAGUAUGAGGAUAAAAAAUCACGUGUGCCAACGCUCAAGGAGCUCGUCAUAAUGUGCCGUGAAGCGUACGACGCUGAGACGUUUGUACAGAUGGAACGUCAUAUUCUAAGCACCCUGGAAUGGUCUGUAUCACACACUUCGUUGGAAGACUGCCUCCAGCUCAUACAUAGAGAUAUGAUGGAUAUCCCAACCAAGCACGAGAUUGAAAAGAUUGCAAGAAUGUUUUGUGAAAUCUCGACAUACAAGAGAUGUCUACUACAGGCACCACCAUCACUAAUAGCUAUAGCUGCUAACCUAUUGGCAUGUUCGGUCAUGGACACGCCCAUUGGUGUAGUACAUUUUUACCAAGCAGCGGAGAAAUACGUCAACGAGUUCGAUGACGAUGCUACGUUUGACGAAGAUCUCGAAAACCAGCUCCCUGCCGUUGUAUCUCCAUUUCUCUCUGGCUAUUCAGAAGAUACAAUCUACGAAAUUUCCAAAAUCUCCAUGGUGCUGUUAUUAGCAUUCCAAGAGUGUUCUCAGUCCCUCCUGAACAAAUACGUCGAUCAAGCACCAACGGUUUCAAGGUUCAUAAUGCAUAAGGCAUUUGUAAUGGAACAAUUCCCAUCAUUGGAGGAAUCCACAUUGUUAGGUGCAGAUAUUCCAGACCAUGUGCAUCAAAAUAUUCUAUCGUUAUUACUUCUUCAUCUCAUUAGUGCUGAUUACGACAACAAUGAAGUUCCAUUUACAGCUUUCGAACAACCUCCACAGUUCAUGGCACCACCCCAAAUGCCACAAUCAUCUCCUUUGACGACACCACCAAGUGCAAGCUCAAUGUCCGUCUUCUCUGAAAGGGAAUAUGGAAUGAUUCAUGACACGCCCAUUUCAUCACCUGUGGACAGAUAUGUACAAGCUGGCAAGAGGAAACGUAAUUGGUACGUUGAUGAUUCACCUUUGAAUUCAAAGGACAGGGGUGUAUUAAUGUAAGGGAAAUCCGGUCCCUGACUUAAUUUAAUUUCACGAUACAAGAGACUGGCUUUCUUUCUUUGGGGUACUUAUUUGAACUGCCAGAGAAAAUUGUUUACUAUAUAGAUACCAGGAGUACCAAAGCUCUUUACUAC